CCUAAAUUAUAAUAACAAACUGAUUGUGCGACAAGAUUAUUUUUGUUUGUAAUAUUUUGCUAAUAACAGUAAUAACAUAAGAAAGAAGUUAUGUCAAAGAACAAGAAAAGGGCAGCUAGCUCCAGUUCCGAAGAAUUGGAUAGUGAGGAAGAAGACAGGUUAAAAGACCUUAAAGAACGCGAUGAAUUCGCUGAGCGUCUGAAGAAGCGGGAUGAAGGUAAGGUGCGUAAGGUACUGGAAUCCAGUGCCAGUCGAAAAGCUAUUGAAGAAGCUGCAAAAAGGCUGAAGCUUGAACAUGAAGAUCGGGACAAAAUUCUGCCUCAGCUUCGAGUGCAGUCUCGUCGGAAGUACUUAGAGAAACGAAAGGAGGACAAAGUAGCUGAACUCGAGGCGGAUAUUUUGGAUGACGAAUAUUUAUUUGACGACAAAAUUCUAAGUUCACGUGAACGGGAGGAACGCGAAUACAAAAAGCAGUUGCUCCAAAUAGCGAAAGAACAUGAACGUGCGCGAGAGCUUGAGAGAAUUCAGCGGUAUCAUAUUCCUCAAAACUUAAAAAAAGGAGAAAAAGAGGAGUAUGUGGAGGUGGAUGAACUGGAAAAACAGCCCAAUUCGGAGCAGAAAAAAUGGGAAGUUGAACAGUUAGCAUCUGCACGGUUUCAAUUUGGGUCCAAAGAUGCCAAGAUGAAAGAAGAGUAUGAACUGUUGCUGGAAGAUCAAAUUGAGUUCAUACAAGCGCUUACAAUGGACGGUUCCAAAGAUAGUUCGUCAAAAAAAGAUGAAAUAUCUGAAGCAGAUCGAAAGCGGAUGACAAUAGAGGAAACACAAAAAUCGUUACCAGUAUAUCCAUUUAAAGAUGAUUUAAUAGAGGCUGUAAAGGAACAUCAGGUUUUAAUAAUUGAGGGAGAAACUGGUUCUGGUAAAACAACGCAAAUCCCUCAAUACUUGGUAGAAGCUGGCUUUACCAAAGAUAAGAAGAAAAUUGGGUGUACUCAGCCGAGACGUGUAGCCGCGAUGUCUGUAGCAGCGCGUGUUGCUGAAGAAAUGGGUGUUAAGUUAGGAAAUGAAGUUGGAUACAGCAUCCGUUUCGAAGAUUGCACUUCAGAACGAACAGUACUAAAGUACAUGACUGAUGGUACGUUACAUAGGGAGUUUCUAUCAGAACCGGAUCUGGCCUCUUACAGCGUUAUGAUAAUUGAUGAAGCCCAUGAACGCACAUUGCAUACAGACAUAUUGUUUGGCCUUGUGAAAGAUAUAGCGCGUUUUCGACCAGAAUUAAAGCUGCUCAUUUCCAGCGCGACAUUAGAUGCUGAAAAAUUUUCAAAGUUCUUUGAUGAUGCGCCCAUAUUUCGUAUACCUGGGCGUAGAUAUCCGGUGGAUAUAUUUUAUACGAAAGCUCCAGAAGCGGAUUACAUUGACGCCUGCUGUGUUUCGGUUUUACAAAUACAUGCUACUCAACCCCUGGGUGAUAUAUUGGUAUUUCUUACUGGUCAAGAUGAGAUAGAAACAUGCCAAGAAGUUUUACAGGAUCGCGUAAAGCGACUCGGGUCUAAAAUACGUGAAUUGGUCAUCAUACCAGUGUACGCAAAUCUGCCUAGUGAUAUGCAAUCCAAAAUUUUUGAACCUACACCGCCGAACGCCAGAAAAGUUGUGUUAGCAACAAACAUAGCGGAAACUUCGUUAACUAUUGAUAAUAUAAUAUAUGUGAUCGAUCCCGGAUUUGCAAAGCAAAAUAAUUUCAAUUCUCGAACGGGUAUGGAAUCAUUGAUGGUUGUACCAAUUUCCAAAGCGUCAGCAAACCAACGAGCAGGACGUGCUGGGCGAACUGCUCCUGGUAAAUGUUUCCGUCUUUACACCGCUUGGGCUUAUAAACAUGAAUUGGAAGAUAACACUGUGCCUGAAAUUCAGCGCAUAAACCUCGGGAACGCAGUGCUAAUGCUGAAAGCGCUCGGUAUCAAUGAUCUCAUACACUUCGACUUUUUAGAUCCACCCCCUCACGAGACGCUAGUUUUAGCUCUGGAACAGCUUUAUGCACUGGGCGCCUUGAAUCAUCAUGGCGAAUUGACAAAGUUAGGUAGACGCAUGGCAGAGUUUCCAGUUGAUCCUAUGAUGGGAAAAAUGCUAUUGGCGAGCGAAAAGUAUAAGUGCUCCGAAGAAUUGGUGUCCAUAGCAGCAAUGUUAUCUGUGAACAGCGCCAUUUUUUACCGGCCAAAAGAUAAAAUAAUACACGCCGACACUGCUCGAAAGAAUUUUAAUCACAUGCAUGGCGAUCAUCUAAGUUUGUUGCAGGUUUACAAUCAAUGGGUUGACACCGAUUAUAGCACACAAUGGUGUUACGAAAAUUUCAUACAAUAUCGUUCCAUGAAACGCGCUCGUGAUGUUCGCGAACAAUUGGUGGGCUUAAUGCAGCGUGUUGAGAUCGACAUGGUUUCUUGUUUGCCCGAGACGGUUAACGUAAGAAAGGCCGUCACAGCCGGGUAUUUUUACCAUGUAGCAAAAUUGUCGAAAAAUGGCAAUUAUAAGACAAUAAAACAUAAUCAAACUGUUUUGAUUCACCCCAAUUCGUCGCUUUUUGAGGAGCUGCCCAGGUGGCUGCUAUAUCAUGAACUUGUCUUUACAACGAAAGAGUAUAUGCGACAAGUGAUUGAAAUCGAUAGCAAGUGGCUGCUGGAGGUUGCGCCACAUUACUAUAAAGCAAAGGAACUUGAAGAUUCGACUAAUAAAAAGAUGCCCAAGGUUACGGGCCGUGCAAUCAUGACUCAAUAAAAUUUUUGGUAAGGGGAAAAGAAAAGGUCCUC